AUGGAGAAAGCUGUAAUUGUGUCUGGGCUACCAGGGUACUGCAAGAGGAGGAAAGCAAAAACUUUCGUGGACGUAUCAAAAUCUCGGAUUCCCAAGUCCCAACUUCCAAGGCUCUUCUGGCUCUCAAAUUCUAGGCUGAAAGCAACAAUGGCAACUGAAUCCCCGAGGUCUUCUGGAAAAGUGAUUGUUCAAUUAAAAGCCACUGCUGACGCGCCUAUUCUCAAGCAAAACAAGUUCAAGAUACCUGGAACUGAUAAGUUUGCUAAGGUGAUUGACUUUUUGCGCAGGCAACUUCAUAGGGAGACUGUGUUUGUAUACAUCAACAGUGCUUUCUCACCAAAUCCGGAUGAAUUGGUGAUUGAUCUGUUUAAUGGUGUUUUGUUGAGCAAAUUAAAAGAAGAUGCAAGUACUUCUGCUGUACUUGCUACAAUAUUUUCACCUGCUACAGCUUUUAUUCUCGGAAAGGGGGUAGUAGGUUCGACAAAUUGGUAUUUAAAAAUCAAUUUGAAGAUGUUGACAAGAAAGCAGUUGCGCUACUUUAUGGCCAUUUGGUUCUUGGACCUAAUUACAUCUGAAAUAGCUCUUGUUUGUAAUCUGUCAGACAGGACCGCUCUGGUCUACGAGCUAACUUCCUGA